CACUAAGCUUCCGUCCUUCACUACAUUGUAUCCAUCCAUCCAUCCAUCCAUCCAUCCAUCCAUCCAUCCAUCAAUAACACGGAAGGAACCAAACGCUGCGGUGGAAUCGAAUCGAAUCAAAUCGAAUCGAAUCCAAUCGAUCUAUCAACAAACUUACUGCCCAAGCCGACGGCAUUCCUCAUCGCACCGGGACCAGGAAUUUAGGCCACUAUUUCUUGUACGGAACACCAUUUCGCAGCACGGCAAUACGAACACUGCAGCAACGCUGAAUCUCGGACGCAACGCAACGCAACGCACCGAACCACACAACAACCAUACUCCUGUGUCGAUCAUGAUUGGUGGAAUGGGCCUCCCCCAGAAUCCCCAGGCGGCCAUGUCGCGCCGCCCCAAACCCGAAGACGCCGCCAGCCACAUCACGGUGCGUAUGCGUACUGGCCACGGAAGAGAACGGCCGGGGACUUUCCAACCUGAGAUUGUGCCCGCUGCUCACACCAUUCCUUGUUUUUGUUCUUGUAUUUGUAUUUGUAUUUGUAUUUGUUCCUGCUCCUGUUCUUGUAUUUGUUCGUUGUCGCGCCGCCGGAUGCUCCGACGCUCACCCUCGCUUGCCUUUUUGGUCUUGCGCUGCACCAAAUCCCGGACAACGGAAUGUCCCCGUUCCAAAUGCGUUUCCAACCGAUUCAAUCCAAACCAAUCCAAUCCAAACCCAACCCAACCCAACCCAACCCAACCCAACCAACACGGAACCAAUACGCCACACCGCAGGUCUCGGACCCCGUCCAGCACUCGGAGGGCGUCAACAAAUACACCUCCUACCGCGUCGACGUCCGGCCCCCAAACAGCGACAUGGCGACCACCCAGGUCUUCUCGGCCGUCCUCCGCCGGUACAGCGACUUYCUCUGGCUCUACGAGCGACUCCAGGGAGAGCGGCCGGGGGCMAUCGUCCCCCCCCUYCCGGAGAAACAGCCGGUGGGACGCUUYAACCCGGCCUUUKUGGAGAUCCGCCGCCGGGAGCUCGAGCGCUUUUUGCGCCGGGCUGCCGUCCACCCCGAGCUMCAGGGAUGCGCCUGCCUCGACGCCUUUCUGAAGGCGGACGACAUGACCUUCCAGGCGGCCAAGAACAGCAAGGCCGGCCCCGGAGGCGUCGUCCUCCAGCAGUCGGGCAUGAUGGGAGGCAUGGGGAUGAUGGGAAGCAUGGGCCACAGCGUGAUGAUGCCGCCGCCGCAAAUGUCCUCGCCCACCAAGAAGGAGGGCUUCAAGCGGUGGUUUGCCGAGACCAAGACGUCCAUCUCGGGCGAUCUGGUACGUGCGGAACGUUUGGGCUGCGAUCCCCGUGGCGUGCUGCUGUCCCCGUUCUCGUUUGGAGUCCGCCUCGCGGCGGUGUUUGCGGCCUGGCUCGGAUGGUUCACGAUUCACGACACUCACCUCUUGGUUUUGCUUUUGCUGUCUUGUGUUGUCUUGUCUUGUCUUGUCUUGUCUUGUCUUGUGUUGUGUUGUGUUGCAUCCUAUCCUUUCCCGUUGUUUUGCAUUGUGGUCCUUGUGUCGCAUGGGCUUGCCGGUGCGUGGGACAGGUUCGAUCUCCCGACGACGAGCUCUUUGAAGAAGUCCAGCGCUACAUCCACGGACUGGACACGCAGAUGAAGAACGUUUCCACGCAGGCCUCGGGCCUGGUCCGCAAGGGCAAGGAAAUGGCCAACGGGCUCUUCGAAUUCGGCCUGGCCUUUAACCUGCUGGGCCAGUCCGAGGCGGACGCCCUGGGCGAUGCCCUCUGCCGGCURGGAGAGACCGCCGACCAGCUCUCCGUCCUCAGCGCGGAGCACGCCGACCUGGAGUCCUCCCAGUUCGAGGACCCCCUGGUGGACAUGAUCAAGAUGAUCCACGCCGUCAAACUGGCGCUCCACAAGCGCCACGAAAAGCGCCUGACCUACAGCACCUGCCUGCARGAGGUCGAGUACAAGAACUCGCAGCUCAACAAGAUCCGGUCCCAGCUCGGGAUGGGGAUGGAGGCCAAGGCCUACUCGGCCGAAAUGUCCCUCCGCCGCGCCCAGGAAAACGCGGAGAUCGCCAGGGACCAGUUCGCGACGGUCAGCCAGCGGGUCCUCCGCGAGGUGGACCGCUUCAAGAGGGAAACGACCGAGGACAUGAGRCUGACGGUCCUGGAAUACAUUCGCAUGCAGGUGGAAUACAACAAGCGGAUGGAACAGAUAUGGGCAAACCUCAUCCCACAGCUGGAAAAGGUCCAGCUCGAUCCCAACGCGAACGUCAUCGGAGACGCUUCCGCGGCCGGCCAGGGACCCCAGCCGCCACCGCAACCCGUGGUGCAGGGCCAGGYCCCCGGGCCGCAGAUCCUCUCGCCGCACCACCASCAGCCCGUCGCCAGCAGCGGCAACCCAAACCCGCAGCAAGCGCAGAUGCAGCCCGCCGCGGGACCCCAGGGGUCGACGAUACUGGGCACCUUUGCCCCCGGGAGCCUCCCGUCCCAGCAGCAGCCCCAGGUCUUUGGGGGCCAGCCACAGGACCCCGGAAUGCUGUCGGUYCAGUACCGCGAACCACCAAAGAACGUCUUUUAGUKGGCACCCGUUGUUCUGCCACGGAAAGAGUUCGAAUCGAAUCGAAUCGAGACUCCGUGCCGCCAACCAAUCSACAGACGUAUGCCCAUCCAUCCAUUGAAUCGGAUGCUAUGCAACUAGGAAGAGCCGAUCGCAACCAUCAAAACACCAUGAAAUUAUUUGGCAACCGGUCGUCUCCCUAGGUGUCCCAUUCAAGAUAACUUCGAAAGAGACCUGCCAGUGAUAAGACAGCGAUCUCGAGCACCAACGGCUCAGGGUAGAAUAGGAGUAAAUCAAUCUACUACUACGCA